AUGCCGCCGCCGCCCAAGAAGUGGAAGGGCGCGUGCGAGUUCAAGGCGAUUGCCGGCGCGGGGGGUUGCAACAACAAGGUCAUCGGCGCGCGCGCGUUCGGCAGCGCCGCCGUCAACGACACGGCCCCGCCCGUCGACGACGCCGGCCACGGCACCCACACGGCCAGCACGGCGGCCGGCAAUUUCGUGGAGAACGCUGAUGUCCGUGGCAAUGCGCACGGCACGGCCUCCGGGAUGGCGCCGCACGCGCACCUGGCCAUUUACAAGGUGUGCUCGCGCAGCCGGUGCUCCAUCAUGGACGUCAUCGCCGGCCUCGACGCCGCCGUCAAGGACGGGGUGGACGUGAUCUCCAUGUCCAUCGACGUCUCGGACGGCGCGCAGUUCAACUACGACCUCGUCGCCGUCGCCACGUACAAGGCGAUUGAGCGUGGCAUCUUCGUCAGCGCCGCCGCCGGCAAUGCCGGGCCGGCCGCCGGGAGCGUCUCCAACUGCGCGCCGUGGAUGCUCACGGUCGCGGCAGGCACCACGGACCGGGCGAUACGCACGACGGUGAAGCUCGGCAACGGGCAGGAGUUCGACGGCGAGUCCCUGUUCCAGCCCCACAACAACUCCGCCGGGCGCCCGCUCCCGCUCGUGUUCCCCGGCGCCAGCGGCGACCCGGACGCCCGCGGCUGCAGCUCCCUCCCCGACUCGGUGAGCGGCAAGGUGGUGCUCUGCGAGAGCCGCGGCUUCAAGGAGCACGUCGAGCAGGGCCAGACCGUGAAGGCGUACAGCGGCGCCGGCAUGAUCCUGAUGAACAAGCCGGAGGAGGGGUACACCACCUUCGCCAACGCGCACGUGCUGCCGGCGUCGCACGUCAGCAACGCCGCCGGCUCGAAGAUCACCUCCUACUUCAAGUCCACGCCCAACCCCACGGCGAGCAUCACCUUCAAGGGCACGGUGCUGGGCAUCUCCCCCGCUCCGACGGUGGCCUUCUUCUCCUCCCGCGGGCCGAGCAAGGCCAGCCCGGGCAUCCUGAAGCCGGACAUCAGCGGGCCGGGGAUGAACAUCCUCGCCGCGUGGGCGCCGAGCGAGAUGCACCCGGAGUUCGUCGACGACGUGAGCCUGGCCUUCUUCAUGGAGUCCGGCACGUCCAUGUCCACCCCGCACCUGAGCGGCAUCGCCGCCGUCAUCAAAAGCCUGCACCCGAGCUGGUCCCCGGCGGCGAUCAAGUCGGCGCUCAUGACCUCCUCGGACCCCGCGGACAAGGCCGGCGUGCCGGUCAAGGACGAGCAGUACCGCCGGGCGAGCUUCUUCACCAUGGGCGCCGGGUACGUGAACCCGUCGCGCGCCGUGGACCCGGGCCUGGUCUACGACCUCUCGCCCAACGACUACAUCCCGUACCUGUGCGGGCUGGGCUACGGCGACGACGGCGUGAAGGAGAUCGUGCACCGCCGCGUGGACUGCGCCAAGCUGAAGCCCAUCACGGAGGCGGAGCUCAACUACCCGUCGCUGGUGGUGAAGCUGCUGUCGCAGCCGAUCACCGUCCGCCGCACCGUGAAGAACGUGGGCAAGGCGAACUCCGUGUACACGGCGGUGGUGGACAUGCCGAAGGAGGUGUCGGUCACGGUGCGCCCGCCCAUGCUGCGGUUCUCCAAGGUGAAUGAGAGGCAGAGCUUCACGGUGACCGUGCGGUGGGCCGGGACGCAGCCGGCCGUCGCCGGCGCCGAGGGGAACCUCAAGUGGGUCUCCCCCGAGCACGUCGUGCGGAGCCCCAUCGUGGUGCCGCCGGCCAAGGUGGUCGUCUAA